AUGGUAGCUUCCCAACCCAGCGAAAAUCGAGAAGAGUUAUCACAUCUUCUGCCCAUCUCCAAGUCUCUUUGCUUCCAAAUUGUUUCAACUGCAGUCAUAGUCGAAGGCACAUUGCUAAUCGGCCUGUUGCUGCCUUCACUAGAAGCUGCUGGUAAUGAUAUCAACAAGGUUGUCCGGACAGAGUAUCCGGGCCCUCUUUACACUAAGCUGGCAACGGAUGCGAAGAAUAUUUGGAGCGAUCCAAAUGGAUUACUUGCUGGACUGUACCACCCCAGCGGUGGGAUUAUAGGCGCAUCAGAUCGCUCUAUGCCCUUCAUACAGGCCUCAAUUCAAAGUGCAAAGGUGGUCGGCACUGAAACCCCAACACUUGUAUCCACAGAGGAGGUUCAUCAGACAUGGCCGAUGCUGAAUGGAGAUCUUCCUGGCUGGCAGCCAUAUUGGAGCUCUGGUGGAGCAUGGGUAAAUGCAAGGGAAGGUAUCACAAGAAUGGCCCGAAAGGCCAUGAACAGUGGUGUCAAGUACAUUUCUGGGGAUGCGGGAUACGUCAAACAACUACUGUUCGAUGCCGACUCAACAUGCAUUGGAGUCCGGUGUGCUGAUGGCUCGACAUACUAUGGAAAGAAGAUCGUGGUCGCAGCAGGCGCUGCAGCAGGGAGCCCUUUGGACUUGAAAGGCCAGAUUGUAGCCAAAGGUCAUACCGUCGGUCAUAUUCAACUAUCGCCCGAGGAAGUUAAGAAAUAUAAAGACAUACCUAUCAUUGAUCAUUUGGAAGGAGGAAUACUCUUCCCGCCCCAAGAAGAUGGUAUCAUGAAGAUUGGCGCUAUUCAUUUCGUGACAAACUAUGCCAAAUCCUAUCGUGGAAUGUCACUUCCUCGUUAUCGUUCAGACAAUCCAGGAGAUGGUGUACCAGCCGAAAUAGAAGCCCGUCUUCGUCGAUGGAUGUCAGAGUUCGUGCCCGAACUUGCACAACGGGAGUGGAUUGAGACUAGAAUCUGCUGGGACGGUGAUAUGGCCGACUAUCACUUUUUGAUCACACCACAUCCUACACACACGAACUUGAGCCUUGCCAUCGGAGGAUCUGCGCACGGCUUCAAAUUCCUACCUGUACUGGGUCAAUACAUUAUAGAAAUGAUGGAGGGUACACUUGAUCCAGCGAUUGCUAACAAGUGGAAAUGGCGACCUGGUGCCAAAUUGUCGGCUUGCGAGGCCAACCCUCAUCCCGAGGUUCCUGUAGAUCUGAGCACUCUGCGAGGCUGGGAAGCGCCCCCAAAGAGCUUGCUGUAG